CUAAUAACAUACACACACCUCAUAUAUAAAAAACGUUUUAGCCAACAUUUAUCAUAAGUCAAUUAAGUACUUAAAUAACAACUUGUAUCUACAUUCAAAUAAAACAUUUAAAUCAUCAUAAAAAUAAUACUAAUAAAUCAAAGACCCUAAUCUGUAGUGACAAAUUUGUGUUGUGUUUAUUAAAAAAUUUGUAAUUUUGACUUUUCGACGCAAUUCAAAAUGCAAAUUGAGUGCUCGCUGAUAAUUAUGUUAAUAUGUGGGAUAAACGCAUUUAAUAACUUUGCGGAUAUUAAUUGUGGUCAUAAAUCUAAAGGAAGAGAAGGGAAAAUUGUUGGUGGUGAUACUGCAGAUAGAGGAGAAUUUCCUUGGUUAGUGUCGAUAACAAGAAGAGGUGGACAUUUCUGCGGAGGAACCGUUAUUAGUAAUAGAUUUAUUCUUACUGCGGGGCACUGUUUGUGCACCGGAAUUGGUACCGACACUCUUAAACCAAAUCACAUAAAAGUAACGAUUGCUCAGCACGACUUAACAAAUAAAUCCAGCGACGCUUAUGAGGUUACCCUGAAAGCUGUAACUGUACAUCCAGAGUACACCUGUGGGAACGUUAAAAAUGAUAUUGCCAUUUUGGAAAUGGACAACAGACUUGUGUGGUCCGAAUUUGUCUCUCCUGCUUGUCUAGUAGCUUCUUCAUCAGAAGACGAUUACACACCAAUAGACGAUCUUCCUGCUGUUGUCGCCGGUUGGGGUUGGACACAUGAAGAUAGUUCGAAGGGUAAACGUGCCAAUGUUCUUCAAAAAGCACACGUAAAUGUCAUCGGUACUGAAAAGUGCAGACAGUGGUACAAGUCCCAAGGAAAGAAAACCAAAAUUCAGGACACACAAAUUUGUGCUGGUCAUGAGCAAGGUGGUGUCGACUCUUGUUGGGCUGAUAGUGGCGGCCCUCUUAUGAUUGCCACUGGAAAAGUUGACCAAAUGAUGGUUGUGGGAAUUGUAUCCACUGGGAUUGGUUGUGCUAGACCGUUUCUGCCAGGAUUAUACACUCGAAUAUCCGAAUACAUUCCUUGGGUUAGAGAAAUUGUGAACAAAUAAUUUAUUUUCAAAGUAAUUUAAUAGGUACUGUAAACUUAUAUAUACUAUGCUGCCAUA